AUGAUUCACUCAUGCGUUUCGGACGCAAAAACAAUAGACUCAGCUCUCCACUCCCUUGAACACCUUCCCUUGUCACAGCGUCGAAAAUUGUUGCAUUCUCCAACGCUCCGAAACGACACUCACACAUCGCUCGCUUCCGCUCCCUCAUUCCAAUUCGACGCUGUCGUAAAAAAGGGGGAUGGAGAUUUUGAUUCUAAGGUAGCAGAAACGGUAGCAGGUUAUCACAAGUGGAAAAUGAAAAGGCACGCGGUCUAUGUUGCUUGUGUGUGGUGGGAUUGGAGUGUGGGGUUUGGGGUGGGAUUUGAUGACUGCAAGCCUUGUUGGAAAGGUGGGGCCUUGGGUAGAGAAAUGGUGCCAGGUGCAGUCAAAUUAUGCAAUGGUGGAGAAGGAGGAUUGGAAAAUUGUUCCAAAGGUGCUCGUUUUGGUCAACCGUGUUUGGAGGGAAGCGAACUUUUCAGUGAUGGCAUAAAGUUGGUGUUGGUUUUCCAUGGGAGGGAGGUAACGUGUCCCAUGUUUGAAAUUGAUGACAGCCGAAUAGAGAAUACGAGUGGUAAUGUUACCAUUUUAGCUCGAUGUCCGACACUUCCUGCCUUCGGUGGCUGUGCAACUAUAAAGGUUGAAGACUAUCAGAUUCCUUCGAGUUCUGUUGACAAGGGUAGAGAAGCAUCUAUUCAGUUAGAUUUUCCUACGCCAAAGGUGAAAAAGGAGAUUCCUGAAGACAUGGUUUAUGAUCUAGAUCAUAUUGUGUUGAAAGAACGGCUAAGGAUGCUGCUAGUGGGGUACUUCGUUACUUAUUAA